CCGGCUUUCUCCUGCCGAACCCGUACAUGUUAUAUAAAGAGAAUUCCCAGUUCCCAGUCCUUUCCAUUCCAUCAGAAGGCUGAGCCCCAAGGAACUAUACCAAGCCAACAGAAGAGAACAGAAGAGAAUAGAAGAGCGGCCGGGAGAGAGAGAGAGAGAGAGAUCACCAUGGCAGAUGACUUCCAGUCUGGAAUAUGCAGUGGUGGGAGGUGGUGGAACCUUGCAAGAAGUGCCGGCUCCGAUGUCCGGGCCUCAGACUCGUGUUCAACUGCGAUCACCGACGUCGGCGGUGGGGGCUUCUGCUGGGCAACGGCCGAGUUGGCUGCACCCAAGGCCCGAUCUGGUGAAGAGUUGGCAGGCUCAGCCUCCGGCAGCUCUCUCAGUUUCCAAGAAACCCACAAGCCCCCACCCUCCGACGCCGGUCUCCCCUUGAUUGAUUCCACCUUUCAAACGCCCGGUUUUGGCCUCUCAACUCCCUCCAUGGAUUGGACCCAAUCCCUACUUAGGAGUAGUGGAAGAGGUGAGACCAGUUUCCAUGCCAUGCUCCAAGAGGAUCUAAGCUCAUCAAGGCCUUAUUUCCGGGAAGAUCCAUCAAUUGAAUCCAAUCAAGUCCACGCAGUCACCGGAGAUUCCACGAUAAAUCUAUUCAAGAGCAUGAAUCAAUCUUUCUUAUCAGAGCAACAACAUCUUAGCGCUGGUAACGCCGAUGAUGCUGGUGUUAGUAGCUACCCGCUUGUUCCGGCCUCCUAUGGUUGUUCUUCCAUGAUACUACAAGGCCUUCUCGAACCUGACAACAAACCGCAACAGUCGGUCUAUGACAAUCGUUUGGUAAAUUGCCAGUCCCCAAUGAUGGCUCAUCGUGGGAGCUCGAACGAGUUGUUGCAAUACCCAUGGGCUAAAUUUUCGCAGUUCCUGAAGUCUUCUCCUCCAAAACAGCAACCUGGGAAUCAGUUGCAGUUCUCCAACAACACUCCCUUUUGGAACGCUUCCGCUGCCUCCAUGAGCGAAGUGAGAACGGGGUUUUACCCUCCGACGCCUUCCCAAUUUGUCUCGGAGGCUUUUGAGCAGAAGACCAGUUGCGGUAAUCUUGCCCCAAAGUCGAAUUCCGAAGGAGUUCGAGAUUCGUGCUCCUCUGCAUCGAAGAAAAGUGGCAGUAGCGAGCCCACAUUCAAAAAGCCUCGAAUCGAGUCACCGUUGCCAUUACCGACCUUCAAGGUCAGGAAAGAGAAAUUAGGGGACAGAAUCACCGCACUCCAGCAGCUAGUUUCACCUUUUGGAAAGACCGACACCGCAUCGGUUCUCCACGAGGCCAUCGAGUACAUUAAGUCGCUUCAUGAUCAAGUUGGUGCAUUAAGCAAUCCAUAUUUAAAGAAUGGGCAUCGCAUGCAACACCAGCAGGGCUCGGACAAGUCAAAGAAUGGUGAUGGACCGAAGCAAGAUCUUAGAAGCCGAGGGUUGUGCCUCGUUCCAAUCUCGAUCACUUAUCCAAUGGCCAGUGAGACCACAGCUGACUUCUGGCAUCCUACUUUUGGAGGAACCUUCAGGUAGGGAGGAGUUAGGGUUUUGAGGGAGGAGGGAAACCACUAUAUGCAGAAUGUUUUCAAGCCAAAGCAAGGUAGGGAAUGAUAGACUACAGAAAAGAAAAAAAAAAA